GCGGUCACGUGGUGCGGCAUACGGUGGCCGGCGCGGGUCAGUGCCCGCGUGCCGCGCUCCGCGGGCAGCGCCCGGUGCCCCGCAGGCCGCGCUCCGCCCUCCGCCCCGGAGCCCACCCCGGGCUCGGGAGCGACCCCCGGGAGGGCCAUCGCCAUGGACUGGCAGCCGGACGAGCAGGGGCUCCAGCAGAUCCUGCAGCUGCUGAAGGACUCGCAGUCCCCCAACACAGCGACGCAGCGCAUUGUGCAGGACAAACUGAAGCAGCUCAACCAAUUCCCUGACUUCAACAACUACCUGAUCUUCGUUCUGACCCGGCUCAAAUCUGAAGAUGAGCCCACACGGUCGCUGAGCGGCCUAAUCCUAAAGAACAACGUCAAGGCCCACUAUCAGAGUUUCCCCCCCCCUGUGGCUGAGUUCAUCAAGCAGGAAUGCCUCAACAACAUCGGUGAUGCCUCCUCUCUCAUCCGUGCCACCAUCGGUAUCCUCAUCACCACCAUCGCUUCCAAAGGGGAGUUGCAGAUGUGGCCUGAGCUGCUCCCACAGCUCUGCAACCUGCUCAACUCAGAGGACUACAACACGUGUGAGGGGGCAUUUGGGGCGCUGCAGAAGAUCUGUGAGGAUUCCUCAGAGCUCCUGGACAGCGAUGCGCUCAACCGUCCGCUCAACGUCAUGAUCCCCAAAUUCCUGCAGUUCUUCAAGCACUGCAGCCCUAAAAUCAGGUCCCAUGCCAUCGCCUGUGUCAAUCAGUUCAUCAUGGACCGUGCUCAGGCACUGAUGGAGAACAUUGACACCUUCAUUGAGCACCUCUUUGCUCUGGCUGUGGAUGAGGACCCCGAGGUGAGGAAGAAUGUCUGCCGAGCUCUGGUGAUGCUCCUGGAGGUCCGCAUUGACCGCCUCAUCCCCCACAUGCAUAGCAUCAUCCAGUAUAUGCUGCAGCGGACACAGGACAGUGAUGAGAACGUGGCCUUGGAGGCAUGUGAGUUCUGGCUGACACUGGCAGAGCAGCCCAUCUGCAAGGAGGUGCUGACGUCCCAUCUGGUGCAGCUCAUCCCCAUCCUGGUGAAUGGCAUGAAGUACUCGGAGAUCGACAUCAUCCUCCUAAAGGGUGAUGUGGAAGAAGAUGAGGCCAUCCCUGACAGUGAGCAGGACAUUAAACCUCGCUUCCACAAAUCGCGCACAGUGACGCUGCAGCACGAGGAGGAGCGUCCGCCAGACCCUGAGGAUGGGGAGGAUGAGGAUGACGACGACACUUUGUCCGACUGGAACCUCAGGAAAUGUUCUGCUGCUGCUCUAGACGUUUUGGCCAAUGUAUUUCGUGAUGAACUUCUGCCACACAUCUUGCCCCUUUUGAAGGAAUUGCUCUUCCAUCCCGAAUGGGUCAUCAAGGAGUCGGGCAUUUUGGUGCUGGGCGCCAUCGCUGAAGGCUGCAUGCAGGGCAUGGUGCCCUACCUACCAGAGCUGAUCCCACAUCUCAUCCGCUGCCUGGCUGACAAGAAGGCCUUGGUGCGCUCCAUCGCCUGCUGGACGCUGAGCCGCUAUGCGCACUGGGUGGUGGGGCAGCCCCCAGACCUCUACCUGAAGCCCCUCAUGACAGAACUGCUCAAACGCAUCCUGGACAGCAACAAAAGGGUACAGGAGGCGGCCUGCAGUGCUUUCGCUACGCUGGAGGAGGAGGCGUGCACCGAGCUGGUCCCAUAUCUCAGCUUCAUCCUGGACACGUUGGUGUUUGCCUUUGGGAAAUACCAGCACAAGAAUCUGCUCAUCCUCUACGAUGCCAUCGGGACGUUGGCUGACUCUGUGGGGCACCACCUCAACCAGCCGGAGUACAUCCAGAAGCUGAUGCCCCCCCUCAUCCAGAAAUGGAACGAGCUGAAGGAUGAGGACAAGGACCUCUUCCCACUGCUGGAGUGCCUCUCCUCCGUGGCCACAGCCCUGCAGAGUGGCUUCCUGCCCUAUUGCGAGCCUGUUUACCAGCGCUGCGUCACGCUGGUGCAGAAGACGUUGGCUCAGGCCAUGAUGUACAACCAGCACCCUGACCAGUACGAGGCACCUGAUAAGGACUUCAUGAUCGUGGCACUGGAUCUGCUGAGCGGGCUGGCAGAGGGGCUGGGCUGCCACGUGGAGCAGUUGGUGGCCCGCAGCAAUAUCCUGACACUGAUGUACCAGUGCAUGCAGGAUACCAUGCCUGAGGUGCGGCAGAGCUCCUUCGCCCUUCUUGGAGACCUCACCAAAGCUUGCUUUGUGCAUGUCAAACCCUGCAUCGCCGAGUUCAUGCCCAUUCUGGGUACCAACCUCAACCCCGAGUUUAUCUCCGUCUGCAACAACGCCACGUGGGCCAUUGGGGAGAUCUGCAUGCAGAUGGGGGCGGAGAUGCAGCCAUACGUCCAGAUGGUGCUGAACAAUCUGGUGGAGAUCAUCAACCGCCCCAAUACCCCCAAAACGUUGCUGGAGAACACGGCCAUCACCAUCGGGCGUUUGGGCUUCGUCUGCCCACAGGAGGUGGCCCCAAUGCUGCAGCAGUUCAUCCGCCCCUGGUGCACCUCUCUCCGGAACAUAAGAGACAAUGAGGAAAAGGACUCGGCAUUCCGUGGGAUCUGCGUGAUGAUCGGGGUGAACCCCGGCGGCGUUGUGCAGGAUUUCAUCUUUUUCUGCGAUGCAGUGGCAUCGUGGGUGAGCCCCAAGGACGACCUGAGGGACAUGUUCUAUAAGAUCCUGCACGGCUUCAAGGACCAGGUGGGUGAGGACAACUGGCAUCAGUUCUCAGAGCAGUUCCCUCCGCUGCUUAAGGACCGCCUGGCAGCCUUCUAUGGGGUGUAAGGCAGAUGCAGGCACUGGGACCAGGUCGGCCGUGCUGUCAGGAUGGCAGUCGGAGCAGAUGCCCCCGGGCUCAGCCCCAGCCACUGCGGGGGGGCCCAGAUCUGCAC